AUGGAGAUACAAACAACACAACACCAUGAGUUUGGGAGACACGCUGGCGGGGGUGGGUUGUCGACCGGCAAGAGUGAUCCGCCAGAAACUGAUCUGGACUAUUACUCCCAACCUGAGAAUUACACCGGCAGUACUCUCCAAACCUUGCAAAGGUUCGUCCAAGCCAAGUCGAAAGAAGAAAAGUCCGAUGGCGAUGGUGGAAAGAAAAAGAAGAGGAAGAAAGGUGAAUUUUGUUUGUUCCGUCGUUAUAGACAUCUUCUCCCAAAGGAACUGGACGAUUUAGCAGACGAAUCCUCGUCGUCAGAGGAGGAGGAAGCAAAAGACGUCUCUAAAGAGGGAGAGGGUAAAGAUGAAAAGAAGGAAGACAAGAAGGAGGAAACGAAAAAGAAAGAGGAGAAGAUGGAGUCGAAGCCCCAGAGCCGUCCCACCUCAGCCGUCUUGUCCCCUGAUCUCGUCAGUGUGACUAUCCACGAAGAACCGUCGGCCGAAAUGCUCGCAACAUCGUCUCGAGUGUCAUCUGGCAAAGGACCUUCUGUGGAUAUGUCCAGUCCUAGCGGGACCGCCAUGGACAGAGACAGCCCCGAUACCGUCAGCGUCUCCGGCGACUUUAGCCGCGUCAGCGUCGGCAAGAAGAAGAGCGCCAUACUCACUGGACAUCGUCCGUCGGCUGUUCUCAUGCGGGCCAAUGCAAACAAAAUGGCGAAGGAACUCCGAGCGAAGAUGAUGAAGGAGAAGUUUAUCAAGGCGGUGAAGUUGAUUAUGAUUCUGCGCAACAUAGCCUCCAUGGUGUCACAGAAGGCUGGCCAGGGAGGACGCCCCCAGACGUUUGCUGACAUGGCGGGCGAGAGCGACGAGAGCAACAUGAAGAACUCCGGCCUGUCCUUCGACCCUUCCUACUUCAAGGCCAAGAAGGAGAUCUCCAUCAGCAGCGAGGUGAAGCACAUCCUCAGCCUCCCGUCAGAUGAACGUUCCUCGGACCAGGUUCAGACUGCGAUGUUCGGGCUGCAGAGUUUGCGGUCCUUCGCGGAAUACCCUCUCCACAUGCAGGAGAAGCUGGCGAAGGUUGCGUGGUAUGAAGUAAUCCCACCGAAGAGAAUAAUUAUCCGUCAAGGUCACUACGCUGAAAACUUCUACUUCAUAUUAUCCGGCCAAGCCGUCGUGACAAUCCUCAUUCGGGACCCGAAGACCGGUGGUUCAGUUGUCCGCACGGCCACUAUCAUGAGGAAAGGGAUGAGCUUCGGGGAACUGGCCCUACUCCAUCGCUCGCGACGUACAGCUACUGUGACGUCACAGGACACGGUCCAGCUGCUUACCAUUGGCCGAGAAGAUUUCUUUGAGAUAUUUAUGGCAGGGUCAGGGCCCGAUGAUAUUCCCGACCAUAUCAAGUAUGUGAGUCAGUGUGAGUUCAUGAAGGACUGGCCGAUUGACAAGCUGCUGGAGAGACCGGAGAUGUGCCUCCUCCACUUCUUCAAACGGAACGUGGUCAUCGUCAAAGACAGUCGCGUGUCUGACUGGUUGUAUGUCGUCAAGUCGGGGUCUUGUCAGGUGCUGAAGAGUCUGCGAGGGGUCACCCCUCGACUCGGAAUCCCCAAGAAGGAGUUGGAGAGUAGUGAUGGGGUGAAGCUCCCCAACCUGGCCACAGGGGGACAGAAGGCAAGGGUGGACACGGGUCUCAAGAAGAGGAAAAGGGCGUUGCCGCAGCUGAUGCCGCCAGCUGACGCCCAAGAUGCUACAUCACAGGGCAACAAGGAGAACACAGCACAUCCUGGCCAGGGGAGGUUCUCCAAGUUCAAGUACAUGCAGCGACCUGACACCAAGAAGGCGCACUUUUCCGUCACAGAGAAGAGAAAACAGUAUGAGAUCCCCAAGAAGAACAUCCCCCCUCCUCCCCCACCAGUGGAGGUCAAGGACACGAACACUGGGCCAGUCUUUGUCCAGGUGGAGCAUCUCAAACCCAGAGAUUCGUUUGGUCUUACAACCAUUAAGUUUGAUGACGACAUCGAGAGGCCAUCCACAUCAGUCAGUCUGGUGAGUCGGGGCGCCGAGUGUAUCAUGCUGUCCAAGGAGUUUUUCGCCAAACACGCCAACGAGUUAGUGAGACAGACGGUUCGGCAGCAGCUGAGGCCGUACCCAGCCGAGGAGACGUUCCAGGAGAACCUGCAGACAAAAGUGGACUGGGAACUGUACAAACAUGUCAUGAUAGAAGACAUCACCUCAUCCUGGUGAAGCAUUGCCAUGGCAACACGACAUCCGUAUUGUGACGUCAUACGCGAUGACACCAGUCAGUUGUUUCUAUUUUUGAUGCUCAUCUAAUCUCAUUCAAUCAUUUUAACAAUCAUCACUAUGACGUCAUAAACUGCCAUUCUCUGUGAGUUGACAGUCAAUUAUGACGUCAUAUGCGAUGCCUGUUAUCAAAGCAGAGAAAUAUUUUGAGAAGAGCAUUUAUGUCCCGGGGGUCGUGAGAUUCAGCUGCUGAAAUUACUGCCAUACAUGCACCUUCUUUAGAUGCGUCCUCCUCCACCAGGAGAUGUCAUAGGUAGACAGACAUAAUCUGCAUGGGAUCCAGUAUUACUGGGUUGUACCUACAAUCUCUACAUUUACGAUGUAACAGCCAGUAACACGUCUUACUUCUCUGUAGAUUUUCUGUUUUUGUGUGUGAGCCAUUAGUUAGUGUUGUACAUGGGUUUUCUUUGUUUCGUUAUCUUUGUUUCAUCUUUUUUGUCAUGUUAACUGUUACCUGAGUACACAUUUACUUAGUGAUUUCAUUUUGGUUACUAUUGAUACCUUUAAUGUGAGUCUGUUUUAUGUCGAUUGAUGUUUUCUUGCCUUCUUGCGCAGUGGUUGUGUCCCGUAUGUGACAAGCUUCAUCAUAAGUGACGUCAUGUCGGGGUUUGUUUAUUUUCAUUUCUCGAUCUAUUUGUUCUGUUUGUAUGUUUAUCAUUGGUUUUGUUUUGUAGCGUCCUCACUUCUCUAUUGUCAUUAUCUACAAACGUGAAAUGAUUUAUACACGAAAUGUAACUAUAUGACAUGAUUGGUUAGUUUCAGAUUAAAGCAUCGUCAUCACCACGUUUUUAGGAACACAUCUUAUCAUAUGUGAUGCCAUGAAUGUAAUAUACAUAAACAUGUUUGUUAGAUACUGUGUGUAAGGUUCAUCUGAUCUCUGUUGAAUCAUUACAUUCGUUGUCUGUUCUGAUCUUUUAGUAUUUUUACAAUAAAAUCGAAAAUACCAAUAAAACUAUUGCCGAUAUGAA